AUGGGAAGGGGACAGGGAAUGACCCUUGAGGCGGGAGGAAAGAAAGAGACCCGAUCAACUCCUAGUCCCAACUGGGCAGAUCCUCAAGUGUCCACGGCUGGCGUCACCCGAUCUCCAAGGGGUCCUAGGACGCAGGUCCUGGAUCUCUUGAGGAGAUGCCUGGCGAUCCAAGUGCAGAAGAUCGCGCCGUUGGAAGGGACCUGGCAAGCUCUCAUCCUCAACCUCAAUGGACUCAACAACAUCCCGUCUAUUAAAAUGGUCGAUGAAGACCCCACUCCUCUGGACGAAAGGAGGGCCGGGGAACAAGACGAUCAAGACGAGGAUGCCAUCCAGCCCUUGAACUUCGACCCCGAGACAGGCUGGUGGAUGUACGAGAACGGAUACCUCGUCUACCAGAGCCUCCAGGAGGCGAAUAGGGACUGUUGGUGGAAUCCGGCCCUGUUAGAAGCCCUUAAAUCCCUGGACUAUGCGGGAUGGGCGAAUCCGGGUGUCCUCCUGGUGUCGGGGACACCCCGAAGCCUGGAUGUUCUCAGGGAUGCCUAUUGUCGCCGUGUACUUCGUCCACCCCGGGGGUACGUCAUCAUGGGCAUGGGAGACGUGGAUCACUGUCCCAUGACCUCCGUCCCCCAGGGGCAGUUCACCCCUCUCCCGGAUGCCCUAUGUUGGGUCAUUCACGAUCUCACCUCCACCUCCACCUUCCCCUCAUCCUCUUCCACUUGCACCUUGGAGGAUAUCCACCGGGCCCUCGUCGACAUCUUCCCAGAUACCGUCCGACCCUCCAGAGACCUCAUUUACGCCACACUUGGCAAGCUUAUCCGAGAAAGAAAGGUGUACCAUACCCAAGGGGGGUACGGAAUCGUGAACCCGAGCACCUAUAAUCGGGUGAUCAGGAUCCCUCCACCGACAGAACGACCUCUACUCCUCACCAACGAAGAAGCCCUUGAGAUCCUUAAUCACACCAAGAUCCCUCGAAAACCAUCACUCACGGACUCCCCGGUCCAGGUUUCCUUCGCCAACAUCCUCAAAGGAGAGGAGGAAGGGGACGUGAUUCGGAUAGCAAGACCCCCUCAUCCAAAUUGGUGUGAAGAGGAUGGAUUAGGGGGUUCGGAAAGAUGGACUGGAGCAUUGACUCGGAUCCAGCGUCGUCUUUCGCUUCGACAUAAUUCUCAGCAUGCGCUGACGACAACAGCAACGAUGAACCCCAACCUCAGACCCAGGGCCAGGGGAAGAGGGACUGGUUCGUGGUCCAUGUCAAUGAGAAGGGGACGAAGCCUGAGCCGGGAUCGGGAUCGGGAAAGGGAUCUACUUCUACAUCCGCAUCCACCUGACUCCUAUCACUCCUCAAAUGACCUGAGUCACCUCAAGCUCGACAUCUCUUCUGAACGAGUAAAGAGGCCAGGGUUGUGGCAUCGCCUGUUGAGGGACCGGGAGAAACCUCAGAUCCUCACUUUCGGGGGUCAAUUUCCUCCACCAGAAUGGGACGAUCCACGGCUUCUAAUCACUCAUUCUAUCGCCACGCAGACUUCCUUUACCCGACUUGCCCAGUCCUCACCCAACAUCCCACUCAAGGUUCAAGGGCAGAAUGAUAUUCAAGGACAGGGCCACGGAGAAAGAGUGUCACGGAACCAGAGUUGGGUUGGUCGAAAGCCCAGGGCAAACGAGCCCUCUCCAGCUUUACUCCGAUCAAGGUCCCUGCCAUAUAGAGUGCCAAAUUGUCUCUCACGCCCUUCAGGCCGUCACAUGUCUCCUAUUGGCCGAGGUGCUCCACAGCAGACAAGGCUACAUCCACCUGCAUAUGGACUCCCAAGGCCACCUAUCUGGGUGCCACAGAGACAUCAGAGAUUUGUCACUUCUGCACCUUCAGGAGGUGACAAUCACAUUCGUAACAACAGUGCAGCCCCUCCAUCAAGUCUGCCGAGAGUGCAGACUCCGGUAGGAGGGAAGCAAAAGAAAGCCCAAGCUCACGGAACUGAGAAGGGGGCCGAGGUAUUCAUCAACCCAGUGGCGGUGCAAGAAGAGGAAAAAGAGAAGAACCUCAUUUCAAAGAAUCAAAGAGAGACAAGCCACGAAAUGAGAGCCAAGUCUCCCAGCACUGGCUCCGAAAAUUCCACUGCUUCUCCAAAUGUCAUGACUGAUGAUUUCAAGCUUCGUAAACUCUGGCAGGGAAAGAAGAGCCAAGUGGGAGAUCAGAAAGAGAAGGAAAAGGAGAAAGAGAAAGAGAAACACCCAAAAGGAACGGUCCCAGACGAGAUCAAGAAGCCUCCAGGGCCGCCUGGGUACAAGGUCUAUGAGACAAGGAAGGAAGAGAAGACCAGCAGUACCACCACUACAACCAGUACUAGCACAAGUGAACUCCCAAAAUCUUUUGAGUUCAACAUCAAGAUCAGUGGAUUCAGUAACAAUCACAAUCACAUGAACCAGGUGAGGAAGAUACCUGUGCUGGUGGAAGAGACCAAGGAAGUGACUGAGACCACUACCACCACCUACUCCAACACCACAGAGAUGAUGAAUGUCUUUCCAACCAAGAGUCCCUGCAUGAAGGACAAGGAGAGUAAACCAAAGGUGUCAUCCAUGAACCCAGUGAAGAGUGAAAAGGAAAAGGAGAAACCAGAUCAUCCUUAUUUGAGCCUGAGUGACCUGACAGUGAGUUUCAAGUCAGUGGUGGGUCAAAAGCUUCUUCAGGGCUGCAGUGCCAACAGCAUUGACACCCUCAUGGAACUCGAUCUGGCUGCUGCCCAGAACAAGUACCACACUCUUGCAUAUGUGCCAGCAUUUCGACGUCUAUUUGCUUUUGGCUUGGGAGGAUCAGGUCAACUGGGCUCUGGUCGUACCCAGAGUUCAACCCUUCCUGUGUUAGCCUAUGAGGGACCCAUUCUAGAUGUUGCCACUGGUGGUGAUCAUGCCUUCGUUAUCAUGGGAGAAGGAAAAGAGGUGGAUCAUCGAUUCCUUGAUGAUAGCAGAGCCAUAGCAAGGUUGACUCCUUCAUCUGUCUCUGGCAUUGCUUCUCUUCAGGAAGGGAAAUCUAUCCCUUAUGACCUACUUAGUGAGUUGGAGGUUGUUUUUGGAUCCUGUGCCUGCCUGAAUGCCUCAUUUCUGGAUCCAAGUGGCCACCACUUUGGAUGUGCUCGCUAUAAUCCAGGAGUCCACAUGCCAUCCCUCUUUGCUGCCUUUACCACCAUCCAGCAUUGUCCAUCGGUCUCAAUGCAGGAACAUGAACAUGAAGGGAGUGGAGUGGAAUUGUGUCCAGUCCUGCAUGAUGACCUUAGUAAGCUGCUGAAUUUUCUUUCAAGGCUCUGGGAGAGCAACAAGAGUCGCAGUGUAAUCAUCUCACAUGAGGCCUUUCAUCUCCCUCGAUUGAGUGAAUUGGUCAACAUCCCUCUGGACUAUUUCAAAUGGGCUUCCACAGAAGAGAAGAAGGGUAUGAGGUUCUGUGACUUCCCAUUUGUGUUUGAUGCAUCUGGGAAGACAAUACUUCUGCGAACAGAUGCCAGCCUGCAAAUGAGAAAAGCCCAGGAGCAGAGUCGAUCUCAGGUCUUCUUCUUGCCAUUCACUCGAGUAUUUCUUCGAGAGCCAGAGUACCUGGUCCUCACAGUGUCUCGGGAAAACCUAGUUGAUUCCACUAUUGAGCAGCUCCUCCAGAUACCUGAAAAUCAGCUCAAGAAACCCCUCAAGGUGAUAUUUUUUGGGGAGGAAGGAGUGGAUGCAGGAGGAGUGAAGAAAGAAUUUUUCAUGCUGCUAAUGAGGGAGCUCUUGGAUCCUAAAUAUGGGAUGUUUACAAAUUAUGAGGAGACGCAUCACAUUUGGUUUGCUGAGGACUCCUUCGAAGAACCAAUGAUGUACUUCCUUGUGGGAUUAGUGUGCGGCCUGGCCAUCUACAAUUUCACCAUUAUCAGCCUCCCAUUCCCCCUGGCUCUAUACAAGAAACUCUUGGGGGAACCAACUGGACUUGAAGAUCUGCAAGACCUCCUUCCAAGUGUGGCCAAGUCCUUUGAAGAGAUGCUUUCUUACAAUGGGGAUGACUUUGAGGAAAAGUAUGACUUUCGCUUUGAGAUCACUCGUCAUCAGUAUGGAGAAGUAAUCACCAAACCACUGAAAGAAAAUGGAUCUGAGAUUCUGGUCACUCAUGAAAACAGGAAGGAAUUUGUGGAUCUGUACACUCAGUACAUCUUGGAGCAGUCAAUAUCUGCAAGUCUGAAGGCAUUCUCUGAAGGAUUUCAUAAGGUUUGUGGCUCUCUCAUCCUCCGACUUUUCACCCCUGUGGAAUUAAUGGGACUGGUGGUUGGGAAUGAGAACUAUGACUGGGACAUCCUGGAGUCAAAUGCCUCAUACAAAGAAGACUAUUCUCCAUCUCAUCCAACCAUCCGCCUCUUCUGGGAUGUCUUUCACUCCUUGUCAUUGGAUGAGAAAAAGAAGUUUCUCAAAUUUCUCACAGGGACUGACCGUAUCCCCAUAUUGGGAAUGAAAGCCAUGAAGUGCGGAGAAAUGAAAGUGAAGGGGAAAGUGAGUGGUGAGCUUCCCCAUCCUAAGAGUCGAAAAGCUGCACAGCUCCUGUUUCACACAAAUCGAAUUGCUAAGAGGGAGAAAAUAAAGGCAGCUGGAAAUUCUAGAUUAAAAUGCUUGGGAGAAAAGCUGGCAUGGAUAAAGGAGACUCUGAUUUCAGAUUUCCCUACCUGUAAGGAACUCUCUCCUCAGCAGACACUACAGCUCAUUGACAAAUACUUGGGUCGAUGUGAUGAGGAAUUGGAGCAGAUAGAUUUGAAGAACUCAAUUGGAGGGGGGAAACGGAACCAAAGAAAGAGGCAGCAUGCAUCACGAGAGGGUUUCCUUCAUUUACAUCUCUCCCAGGAGAAGCUUGACUUUGAAUCAUGUGGCAUUGAGAUGCCAGAUCUCUUUAACCACAAGAAUGUUGAAUACCUGCUGGCAUGGAAUGGGGAACUCCGUUAUGUCAACAACAUCAAAUUGAAACGCUACAGACGAAAGGAUUUGACCUCUGGGUGUGAAUCAAAGAAGAAUGAUGACACAGGUGAUGCCUCAAAAGUGCUACCUUAUGGGCCCUCCUCCUGAUGAUGCCUGCAACAAUCAAGAAAAAAAAGGAGGAACAGUGGUUAAUUCCCUGUUCUCUAAUUGGAAAUAAAUGACAAAUUAUGAAACA